CGCGCGGCUAUUGCAAAUCUUUGGAUCGCCAAUAAAAUAAGAAAACAACUGGAUUUCGAGUGGUAAAAGCCACUGUUGCAUACCGGCAAACAUAUGUAAAUAUGAAGCAGCGCAAGACCACCAGCACAAGCCUUCAGCAGCCGGUGCGAUUGAAUACCUUCACCUUGCUAUUACUGCGCCUGGGCCAGCUGUUCGGCCAGUGCGCUGUGCCAUUGCGACGACGGUGUGACCUCGCCACGGUCAACCAACGCCCACAGCCCGUCAGCGUGUGCCAGCAGCGAUUCCUGUUGCUGUGGCAUUGUUUGCAUUUGAUAGUAUUUUUCUUGGUGUACUUGUGGACAAGCGUCAAUCACGAUUCGAUACUCUACAACACUGACAGUUUCGGAAAAUUUAAUGAUUUGCUCAAAUUGAUUGGCAUAAUUAUAUCACAUUUCGUAAUACUCACCGAAACGAUAUUGUGUCGCCGUCAAAUGCAACAGUUCCUCUUGGUCUACACACAACUCCAUUACAAAUGGCAUGGUUCUGCUGGCGGCCGUGCCGAAUUCGGUCUUUACCGUAUUUUCUUUUGUCGAAGUAGCAUUUUCAUUCUGACUGUGAUUAUAGUUGACGUGGCUUACAUACGAGAGAUAGUUAGAAAUCAUUUGCGGAUAAAAUUUUUCACACCCUUCAUACCGAGUGGACUGAUUUGUAAUCUUCGUACCGUGCAAAUCACGUUCUUCAUGGAAAUAUUGCGCAUCGAGGUGGAACACUUGAAUAGGAAUGUUGAACGUUUGGUCUUAUUUAGCGAACACAACGUCCGCGUUAAAUUUCAAAAGCGCGACCAAUUCGUACGGAAAAUAUGCGCUGAGCUGCAGGCCUUCAUGGAAUGCUAUCAGGAUAUUUACGAAAUGUCUACACUCUUGAAAAAAGCUGUGGGUAGAUCGAUGACAUGUAACUAUAUUAAGGAUUAUGUUAUGAUCUUAUCCGAAUGCUAUUGGUCUUAUUGGAUGGUUUACAACGGAGAAAACAUUACUGAGUACCUUCUAAUUAUUCCAUCUGCCGCGUCCAUCUCUUUGCUGUUGAUAACGUCACGAAAUUGUAUGCGUUCGACAAAUUUCCUGGCACACAAUAUACACAAAAUACGACAUGACAUUGAAGAUUUCAACAUUUCAACACGGCUACAAAGCUUCGCUUUGCAAAUGCUACACCAGCAGAUCAUCAUCGACGGCUUUGGCUUCUUCGUGCUGAAUUGCGAUAUGGCAAGAGAUAUCCUUGGCUCAAUAGCCACUUACAUGAUCUUCUUUAUACAAUUUAUGCCCAAGUUCAAAAGCUUCUAAGCCGCUGAAUGUUGGCCACGUAUGUACAAAAGCGUGUAUAACUUGGAUUCACUUCGAUUCUUAUUACUAGGUAUUAAUAAGUUUAAGAAGAAUGAAUAUUUUAAUUGUUCUGCAAAAAAAAUUAAUCGCAAAAUUUCUUUUGG